GAAUCCCUUAUUUAUUAUUGGCCAUAAACGGAAGCUUGAAGAAGAUGAUAUGUAUAAAGUGCUGCCAGAAGAUUCCUCAGAGAAGCUUGGAGAGGAAUUACAGUGGUACUGGGAUAAAGAGGUGCAAAAAGCAAAAAAGAGAGGAAAAACGCCACAUUUAACAAAAGCCAUUAUUCUUUGUUACUGGAAAUCCUAUUUAGUUUUUGGAAUUUUCACAAUGAUUGAGGAAACCCUCAAAAUAAUUCAGCCAAUAUUUUUGGGAAAAAUUAUUAAUUAUUUUGAAAACUAUGAUUCCUCAGAUGAGGUAGCUUUGAAUUUCGCAUAUUGCUACGCAGCUGCUCUGUCUGUGUGCACGCUUAUUCUAGCUAUAAUGCACCACUUAUACUUCUAUCAUGUACAGCGGGCUGGCAUGAAGCUGAGGGUAGCUAUGUGCCAUAUGAUUUAUCGGAAGGCACUUCGUCUCAGUAACGUAGCUAUGGCAAAAACUACCACUGGUCAAAUAGUAAAUCUGCUGUCAAAUGAUGUGAACAAAUUUGAUCAGGUAACGAUUUUCUUGCACUUCUUGUGGGCUGGACCAAUUCAAGCUGUAGCAGUAACAGUACUUCUCUGGAUGGAGAUAGGCCCAUCAUGUCUUGCAGGAAUGGCAGUUCUCAUUAUUCUUCUUCCUGUCCAGACCUGCAUGGGGAGGCUUUUUUCUUCCCUAAGAAGCAAGACAGCUGCCUUAACAGAUGUCAGGAUUAGGACCAUGAAUGAAGUCAUAAGUGGUAUGAAGAUAAUAAAGAUGUAUGCUUGGGAAAAAUCAUUUGCGGAACUUGUGAAUGGUUUAAGAAGGAAGGAGAUUGCCAUGGUUAUGAAAAGCUCCUACCUUCGAGGACUGAACUUAGCCUCUUUCUUUGUGGCAAGCAAAAUAACAGUGUUCAUGACUUUCAUGGCAUAUGUACUACUUGGCAAUGUUAUCUCUGCAAGUCGGGUGUUUGUUGCAGUGUCCCUGUAUGGUGCAGUAAGACUGACAGUAACUCUGUUCUUCCCUGCGGCUGUUGAGAGAGUAUCCGAGGCAGUGGUUAGCAUACGACGAAUCAAGAACUUUCUGAUACUUGAUGAGGUCUCACACUUCAAGCCGCAACUGCAUGGUAAUAAUGAGAAUGUCAUUCUUCAUGUUCAGGAUUUGACUUGCUAUUGGGAUAAGAGUUUAGAAAGCCCAGCACUUCAACAACUUUCAUUUACUGUCAGACGAGGGGAGUUAUUGGCUGUGAUUGGUCCUGUAGGAGCUGGAAAAUCUUCGCUCUUAAGUGCUGUGCUUGGUGAGCUGCCUAAAGACAAAGGUUUGAUAAAUGUUACUGGAAGAAUUGCCUAUGUUUCUCAGCAGCCUUGGGUGUUUUCUGGUACAGUGAGAAGUAAUAUAUUGUUUGACAAGGAAUAUGAGAAAGAAAAAUACGAAAAAGUUUUAAAAGUCUGUGCUCUUAAAAAGGACUUGGAAUUAUUAGCAGAUGGUGACCUAACAGUAAUAGGAGAUCGUGGAGCUACGCUGAGUGGGGGACAGAAGGCCCGUGUAAAUCUGGCCAGAGCUGUGUAUCAAGAUGCAGACAUCUAUCUUUUGGAUGAUCCACUGAGUGCAGUAGAUGCUGAAGUUGGAAGACAUUUGUUUGAAAAAUGUAUUUGUCAAGCCUUACAUCAGAAGAUCUCUGUUUUGGUUACUCACCAGUUGCAGUAUCUCCGUGCUGCAAAUCAGAUUCUCAUUUUAAAAGACGGUAAAAUGGUGGGGAAAGGUACCUAUUCAGAGUUCCUGAGAUCUGGCAUCGACUUUGCUUCCCUUUUGAAAAAAGAUGAGGAGGUAGAACAGCUGUCGGUUCCAGGAACCCCCAACCUGAAGUCUGCCCGGAGCCGAACCUUCUCGGAGUCCUCUGUCUGGUCCCAGGAUUCUUCUGUCCACUCGCAGAAAGACGGAGCAGUGGAACAACCACCUCCUGAAAAUGCACUGGCUGCAGUGCCAGAGGAGAGUCGCUCUGAGGGAAAAAUAAGCUUUAAGGUUUACAGAAAAUAUUUCACUGCAGGAGCAAACUGCUUUGUGAUCUUUAUACUUUUAGUAUUCAAUAUUUUGGCACAGGUGGCAUAUGUGCUCCAGGACUGGUGGCUUUCUUACUGGGCAAAUCACCAAGAGAAGUUGAAUGUCACAACAAAUGGAAAUAAUGGAGCAAAUGAGACUGAACAUCUAGACCUUAACUUUUACUUGGGAAUUUACGCAGGUUUAACGGUGGCUACAAUACUGUUUGGCAUAAUAAGAAGUCUUCUGGUGUUUCAAGUUCUUGUUAAUUCUGGUCAGACUUUGCACAACAAAAUGUUUCAAUCCAUUUUGAAAGCUCCUGUCUUGUUUUUUGACAGAAAUCCUAUAGGAAGAAUCUUAAAUCGUUUUUCCAAAGAUAUUGGCCACCUGGAUGACUUGCUUCCAUUGACGUUUUUGGACUUCGUGCAGACUCUCCUACAGAUUUUUGGUGUGGUGGCUGUGGCUGUGGCAGUGAUUCCUUGGAUACUCAUCCCCUUAAUUCCACUAUUUAUUCUUUUCAUUUUUCUUCGACGGUAUUUCUUAGACACUUCAAGAGAUAUUAAACGUCUAGAAUCCACAACUCGAAGUCCAGUGUUCUCCCACUUGUCGUCAUCUCUCCAGGGACUUUGGACUAUUCGGGCUUUGAAAGCAGAGGAAAAAUUUCAAAAAUUAUUUGAUGCACACCAAGACCUCCACUCAGAGGCCUGGUUUCUAUUUUUGACAACCUCGAGGUGGUUUGCUGUGCGUCUGGAUGCCAUCUGUGCCAUUUUUGUUAUAGUGGUUGCUUUUGGUUCCCUGCUUCUCGCCAAGACUUUGAAUGCGGGGCAGGUUGGUUUGGCACUGUCCUAUGCAAUCACCCUCAUGGGAACAUUCCAGUGGGGUGUUAGACAAAGUGCUGAAGUUGAAAACCUGAUGAUAUCAGUAGAAAGAGUAAUGGAAUACACAGAACUUGAAAAAGAAGCUCCUUGGGAGACCAACAAGCAUCCACCACCUGAAUGGCCAAGCCAAGGAAUGAUAGCAUUUGAAAAUGUUAACUUCACUUACAGUCUAGAUGGACCUUUGGUGUUAAGACAUUUGUCUGUUUUAAUUAAACCAAAAGAAAAGGUUGGAAUAGUGGGAAGAACCGGAGCUGGGAAAAGCUCUCUGAUAGCAGCCCUCUUUCGCUUGGCAGAACCUGAAGGGAGGAUUUGGAUUGAUAAGCACUUGACGUCAGAGCUAGGACUCCAUGACUUGCGGAAGAAAAUUUCAAUUAUACCUCAGGAGCCUGUUUUAUUCACUGGAACUAUGAGGAAAAACUUAGAUCCUUUCAAUGAAUACACCGAUGAAGAGCUGUGGAAUGCCUUGGAAGAGGUGCAACUGAAGGAGGUUGUGGAAGAUCUACCUAAUAAAAUGGAGACGCAGCUGGCAGAAUCUGGGUCUAAUUUUAGUGUUGGUCAGAGACAGCUGGUGUGUCUUGCCAGAGCGGUUCUAAAAAAAAAUCGGAUCCUUAUCAUCGAUGAAGCAACAGCAAAUGUGGACCCAAGAACAGAUGAGUUCAUUCAAAAGACGAUCCGUGAAAAGUUUGCUCACUGCACAGUGCUGACCAUUGCACACCGCUUGAACACCGUUAUUGACAGUGACAGGAUUAUGGUUUUAGAUGCAGGAAGAGUGAAAGAAUAUGGUGAACCUUACAUUUUGCUGCAAGAACAAGACGGCUUGUUUUACAAAAUGGUGCAACAAGUGGGCAAGACUGAAGCGGCUUCUCUGAUUGAAACAGCAAAACGGGUGUACUUCAGUAAGAAUUACCCAGAAGUUGUUCAGAAUGGUCAACUUGCCACAGACUCCUCCUUGGAUCCUUCCUCAGGAUUAUGCGUAACUGAAACUGCACUGUGAUUCCUAAUAACCUUAACUGUUUUCCAUAGAAUGUAAACCUGAGAAUGUCUAAACUCUGUGACGAUGUUUGCAAGUGUCAACGGAAGAUGAAAGGGAAGGGGCGAUUCUUUGCACUGGACAUCCUUCCUAUUUAAUAGUGAGAAGAAAAUUUUUUUACUGUCCCUCUUUCUUUAAUUUCAGUGCAAUAUGUUUUCCUUUCCAACAAGUUAUGUUUGUGUUGCUAAGGAAAUUAGGCAGGCUCAGUUUUUAUUUGAAAGUUAUGUGGUAGAGAUCUCUUUUAUUUAAAUAGGUGCAGGACACCUAACAGGUCUAGGGUGCGUAUUUGGAGCUUAUAAAAAAAAUUGGAAUGUGUCCUUUUCCUCUUUUGGAAAUAUUUUGAGAGCAAGCGAAACCAAAAUUUUUUCAGUGUCACUUUAGCAUGACAGCUAUGUCUAAACAGCAGAUUCGGUAGUGUACAACUUAGUUGUCUAAUGUAACUGUCUUUCUACCUGUCAUAAGUAGCUAUGCAGGUUGGUAGAAAAAGAGUUGAACAAGCCAAAAAUACUUUUUCUUCAAGAAGUACUAUAUACUUUUUUUUUUGAUAAAUAAUGCAAAUAAUGCUGUUCAAGAUGAAUGUAAAUAGUAGUUUUAUUUUGCUAAAAUCCAAAUGCUGAAAAAUCAAUCUCAAUCUUCUAUACUUUAGAAGAAAAUUACCACAUUUGCACUGAAGAAAUAUUUAAAUAAUUUAACAUACAUUCCUCUUUUUAUCCGGGUUAUCAAAGAAAAAAA